UUAAACUGGCCUCUGCACCUUCUUCAUCUUCUGCAUAACCUCCGGUCCAAUCAAAGCCCUUUUCAGAUCAUAGAAAAUGUCUUCUGAUGUGGUAAACAGCCCUGAUGACACCCAUGAUCAAGGCCUCAAAUCAAAGAAACUCUCACGGGGAAAAUUGCGUCGUAUGGACUCCCUAGACAUGGAGUCCGGGACUGUACAUGGCCACAGCCACCAUGGCUCCAAGGAUACCAAGGACUGGUCUGUGAUACUGCACCUGGCGUUUCAGAGCAUGGGAAUAGUGUAUGGGGACAUUGGAACUUCGCCGUUGUACGUGUAUGCAAGCACUUUCACUGAUGGUGUCAAACAUAAUGAUGAUAUUCUGGGGGUUCUUUCUAUCAUCUUCUACACCCUCACCCUCAUCCCUCUCUUCAAGUACGUCUUGACUGUGUUGAAGGCCACUGAUAAUGGCGAGGGAGGGACAUUUGCUUUGUAUUCUCUUAUAUGCCGAUAUGCCAAGGUGGGGUUGAUCCCUAGUCAACAGGCUGAGGACAGAGAAGUCUCCAAUUUCCGGUUGGAGCUGCCUAGUAAAAGACUGCAGAUGGCAUCAAAGCUUAAGUCUAAGCUAGAGAAGAGCAACUUUGCUAAGUUCUUUCUGUUGUUUGCUACAAUGCUUGGCACUUCCAUGGUGAUUGGUGAUGGUGUCCUCACUCCUUGCAUCUCAGUUUUAUCUGCUGUGGGUGGCAUCAAGGAAGUUACAGAUUCAAUGACACAAGAUAGGAUUGUUUGGAUAUCAGUAGCCAUCUUGGUGUGUCUUUUCAUGGUUCAAAGAUUUGGAACUGACAAAGUUGGAUACAGUUUUGCUCCAAUAAUCUGUGUUUGGUUCGCGUUAAUUAGCGGCAUUGGGGUCUACAACUUCAUCAAGUUUGAUCCAACAGUUGUUAAAGCCAUUAAUCCCAAGUACAUCAUCAAUUACUUUAGAAGGAACAAGAAAGAAGCCUGGAUUUCCCUUGGUGGGGCCGUCCUCUCCAUAACAGGGACGGAGGCGCUGUUUGCUGAUGUUGGCCACUUCACAGUUCGAUCAAUUCAAAUAAGUAUGUGCGCUGUCACAUACCCAGCUCUUGUAUUGGCAUAUACUGGACAAGCCUCCUUUCUCCGGAAACACCAUCAGGAUGUUGCUGACCUUUUCUUCAAGUCCAUACCACAUGGUCUGUACUGGCCGAUGUUUGUUGUGGCUGUGUCAGCGUCGAUCAUUGCCAGUCAAGCUAUGAUAUCUGGGACUUUCUCCAUUAUCCAGCAGUCUCUCUCACUUGGGUGCUUUCCUCGAGUGAAGAUUGUGCAUACAUCGACUAAGUAUGAAGGGCAAGUGUACAUUCCUGAGGUCAAUUACCUUCUCAUGCUGGCUUGUGUAGGGGUCACUGUAGGGUUUAAGACUACCACAAAGAUCGGAAAUGCAUAUGGGAUUGCGGUGGUGUUCGUGAUGACCCUCACCUCAUCAUUUCUGGUUCUUGUGAUGAUCAUGAUAUGGAAAACCCAUAUACUACUAGUGAUCUCAUAUGUUGUGGUCAUUGGUAGCAUUGAGCUUCUGUAUCUAAGUUCAGUCCUCUACAAGUUUGAUCAAGGAGGGUAUCUACCCUUGGCCUUUGCCUUAGUUCUGAUGACCAUAAUGUACAUUUGGAAUGAUGUGUACCGGAGGAAAUACUAUUAUGAUCUGGAUCACAAGAUUUCUCCUGAGGUGGUGAAGGAAUUAGUAGGGAGCACAAACUUUAGUAGAAUACCAGGAUUGGCCAUCUUCUACUCUGAGCUUGUUCAUGGCAUCCCGCCCAUCUUCAAGCAUUACAUGGAAAAUGUGCCUGCAUUGCAUUCAGUUCUUGUUUUCGUCUCAAUCAAGUCUCUCCCCAUAAGCAAGGUUCCAGUGGAAGAACGAUUCCUCUUCCGCAGGGUAGACCCAGAUGAUAUUUAUGUGUUCCAGUGUGUGGUGAGGUACGGGUACACCGACAUGCGAUUCGAGGAAGACCCUUUUGAGAGAUUGCUGGUUGAAAGAUUGAAGGAGUUCAUAAGAGAACACACUGGAGACAUGGAUUCUGGAGAGCUGCAAGAUAGGUUGAUUAAUGUUGAGAAUGAGGCCGAAGAAUCAAAGGAAAUUGAUGAAGAAAGGCUCCAAGAGGAUGAAGAAAGGCGCCAAGAGAAUGUUGACAAAGAUAUUGAAGCAAUUGAUAGAGCGGCACAAGCGGGUGUGGUGCACUUGAUCGGUGAGACUGAGGUGAUGGCGGAUAAGGGCUCCGGAUUAGGAAAGAAGGUUUUGAUAAAUGUUGGCUAUAAUAUAUUGAAGAAGAAUUUGAGACAGGCAGAGAGUGUGUUUGACAUUCCACACAAACGUAUGCUGAAAGUGGGAAUGAUUUAUGAGCUUUGAAACAUGGGAAAGGUGAUGAUCAGCCGUCUCAUUAGUAUCAAGCAUGUAUAGCCAAAAUUCAACACGGAAGACUUAGUUACAAGAAUGAAUUUUUUAGUGAAGUUGGUGACUGGAUAUCAUUCCAGUGGUGGUUAGAAUUCAUUCUUGAAUUGCCUGCAGACACUCCCUUAUAUCAAAAGAUAACGUCUACUGUCA